AUGCAUAGCGCCGCCGCAGGUCUUGGCCUGUCCGUCCUCAACCCGUCGCCCACAAUACUGCCUGGGCCGACACUGUUGCACCAGCUCGUACGGCCUGCUUGCGACCACAUUGCCCUGGAACACCUCUGCAAAGGUGAAAUCACCAAAUUCUCCUACAAGUCGCUUCAUGAUGCUUCUGAUGCCCUGGCAUCUCAGAUUGCGCAGUCAUGCGUUUCUGUCCAUGGCCAGCUGAUUGUCCCCGUGCUUUUACAGCAGUGCCCAGAUCUAUAUAUCACGCUGCUAGCUAUUCUCAAAGCCGGAGGUGCAUUUUGUCCCCUAAACUUAGACGCCCCUGCAGAGAGAGUUCAAUUUAUAUUGAAAGACGUCGGUGCCAAGGUUGUCAUUACUAGUCCAGAGCUGUCCGCCAGGAUACCUCGAGAUGCGGGAGUUGAGCUUCUUUACGCCUCCGACAGCUAUGAAGCAAUCGUUCAGCAUCAUCAGGCCGUGACACGGCAGAUUACGCCGCACAAUUAUGCCUACGUAAUGUACACUUCGGGGUCGACGGGCACGCCCAAAGGUGUCUCAAUAUCCCACUCGGCAGCCACGCAAGCCCUCCUCGCUCACGAUGCUCACAUUCCGCGCUUUUCAAGAUUCUUUCAGUUCGCAGCGCCUACAUUUGACGUCUCCGUCUUUGAAAUCUUCUUCCCUCUCUUUCGCGGCGAGACGCUCAUCAGUGCCAGUCGUCAAGAAACUUUGGACGAUCUCCCCGCUGUGCUACGGCAAGCGAGCGUUGACGCUUGCGAGCUCACGCCAACAGUGGCGGCGAGCCUGCUGCGAAAGAGAGAAAAUGCGCCACAGCUCAAGCUUUUGCUGACAAUCGGAGAGAUGCUGAACCCGCUGGUGGUCAAGGAGUUUGGUGGCACCACUGACAGAGGAAGCAUUCUGUGGGCAAUGUACGGGCCGACGGAGGCAACGAUUCACUGUACAUUACAAGGUGACUUUCAGUCGAAUUACUCUACAGGAAACAUUGGCAUUCCGCCAGAGACCGUAUCUUGUUUCAUAAUCAAGCCAGCAGCUGACGAUUAUGAUCCAACAAGCUUUGACUUACUACCCGCAGGUGAUGUUGGCGAACUUGCGGUCGGUGGUCAUCAGCUCGCGUCCGGGUACCUCAAUGAUGAGCUAAAAACCAACAAAGCGUUCAUCGAGUCGCCGUACGGUCGUGUGUAUCGUACUGGCGACAAAGCAAAGAUGAAUCAAGAUGGCACGCUCGAAUGUCUGGGCCGCAUAUCUGAUGGGCAGGUCAAGCUCCGCGGCCAGCGCAUUGAGCUGGGGGAGAUUGAGCAUGCGGCCAUGAAAACGAGCGGAUGCCACGGAGCUGCUGCGAGAGUGAUUGGCGGAAUACUGGUGCUUUUCUGUGCUGUAGAUGCCUGCGUAUCAGAGGUUGAUAUUCUACAAAGCUGCAGUCAAUGGCUGCCACAAUUCAUGAUACCCGGCGACGUGGUGCUCUCGGAGGAGCUGCCAAGACUACCUAGCGGCAAAGUCAAUGCCAAAGAAUUACAACGGCAAUUUGAGCAAUCAAAGGCUCAAGAGGGGCAAUCCGCCGAUUUGAAAAAGUCUACAGAGCCUGAGCUAUUACAGGUGCUGCAAGAUUGUUUCGGAUCGCAGCUCAGUCUUCAGACUGAGCUAGCUCGAGCCGGACUGGACUCUCUCACAGCAAUCGGACUCUCUUCCGACCUGCGUGACGCUGGUUAUGAUGUCCGAGCCGUGUCGCUACUGAAAAUGAAGACAAUCGGACAUCUCGUCUCCUCAAUAAAGAUAAUUGACGAGGCAGAUGGAGACAACGAGGGAACUAGGACCUCUGUCAGCUGCCUUGAAAAAUUGGCCGAGCUCAAGUCCAAAGAACUCAAGCUCGAGAUGUCCUAUCGCAACGUUCAAGAUAUUAUCCCAUGCACCAAUCUCCAAAUCGCCAUGCUCUCUGAAUCAAUACGCAACCCCGGGGCGUACUGGAAUGCGGUGGAUCUGGAGCUAUCCACGACAGCCGCUGCCGAGGACAUAUGCCGGGCCAUUCAUGCUAUUGUUGAGCAAAACGAGAUCCUCCGGACUGGAUUUGUGCAACACGACUCCACAAUUUACUCUGUGAUUUUUGAUGCGAUCAACUCAGAUUGUGUCAGGAUAGCUGAUGAAAUGGAAUUGGUGCCACCGAAGAAGAGUAAUCCAGAUCUACUGCGCCCAUUGCAGAUUCGCAUCAAGAAGGGUGCCAAGGGCAACUCUUACAACAUGCAGGUACACCUGCACCACGCAAUUUACGACGGCUGGUCUCUUGAUCUUUUCAAGUCUGAUCUUGCAAGAGCUAUCGGCAGCGAAGGACUGCCAUCGCGGAAUCAAUUCCGAGACAUGGUUGCUUUCUCCUUGUCGCAGAAACGCGAGCAGUAUGACGAAAAAGCCAGGGUAUUCUGGGCUGACUACCUCUUUGGAUGGAACAAGCCCCCCUUUCCCCGACUUAUACCUCGAGCAGUACCUUGCGGGACGAUUCAGUCGAAAACGUACAGACACUCUCUACCGAGCUCAGCCAACCAGGCAUACAAUGGAAGCGCCCAGGUGCCGUUUCAGGCAGCUCUUUCGCUGGUCUGGGGCGGUAUCCUUGGCUUACAGGACGUCGUGAUAGGCUCUGUAACCUCUGGGCGCACUAUUCCUGUAAAAGGCGUCGAAAACAUCAUGGGGCCUUGCAUCAGCUCAUUACCCCUCCGUGUGAAUAUGGAGCGCAUGAAUACCAUCGAUGAUCUUGUCAAUAGCAUAUCGUCGAGCAAUCGUCACAUGAUGGAGCACUCAACCCUGUCGCAACUUGCCGUCAAGAAGAGUAUCAACAUGUAUGGUGCAGAACAGUUGUACGAUGUGCUAUUUGUCUACCAAGAGUCUCUUGAGCAGCGAAAGCAGACAGGCAGCAUCGUUCAAGAGAUUGCGCAUCUUGACAGGCUAGAAACUAAACUAGUCCUCGAAGUGCAACCCAUUCAGGACGCUGUCGUCCUCCAAGCAACUUUCCACGAUGACUAUUUUUCGUCCGAGUCGGUGGAGAAGAUACUGAGCCAGGUCGCCGAGAUAUCCUCAGCUAUCCUUGAGAACCCACAUUCUCUACUGGAGUCAAUGCGCUCGAUGGAGACAGAUGUUUCGACUUACAAUAUGAAGUUGGAAAAGAUGGAUCGCGACUCACAGCCGGAUAACCUUGCUGGCGUCGUGGAACGAGCAGCAACCCGCUUUGGCGAUCGCACGGCUGUUUCUUUUGCUACACAAUCAUCGGCUACUACUAUGGAAGCAACAAACAUUACAUACACAGACCUCAAUCGAAAUGCGAAUUGUAUCGCCCACUUCCUCCUGAGUCAGAAAGUACAAUCCGGCGAGGUCAUACCCAUCAUCAUGAACAAAUCCAUUCGCCUCUAUACCACCAUUUUGGGUAUAAUUAAAGCGGGUUGCGGCUAUCUACCGCUGCUGCCCUCCACACCGAAUGCCCGAAUACUGGAAAUCUUUAACCAGUCAGGAUCCCGUCUCUGCCUUGCUGAUGAGGAUUCGAUAAGCAAUAUUCCUCCUUCAACUACUGUUCGCACGAUCCUCAUCGACGAGGAGUCGAUGGAAGACUAUCCCGUCGAGAACCCAUCCAUCGACAUCAAUAGUAGCAAUACGGCCUAUGUCAUCUACACAUCUGGGACAACAGGCACACCAAAAGGUGUCACCGUCAGCCACAAGAAUAUCGCCAGCAACGUCACUUAUCUCGGAGUUGAGUACCCAGACUCUGCCAAGGCAUCUUCAAAUUUUCUGCAAGCCUGCUCGCAAGCCUUUGAUGUCUCGGUAUUUGAGAUAUUCUUUGCAUGGCAUAAAGGCAUGUGUCUGUGUGCUGCGUCGAAUGAUGUUCUGUUUGCGGAUAUCGAGGAGGCCAUUCGGCAAUUCGAAAUCACUCACCUGAGCCUCACACCAACCAUUGCAUCACUCAUCGAUCCUUCCAAUGUACCAAGCGUCGAGUUUCUAGUAACUGCUGGUGAGCCGAUGACCAAUGCUGUCAGUGAACGGUGGAACAAGUAUCUAUGGCAAGGCUAUGGCCCAUCUGAAACGACAAAUAUCUGCUCCGUCAAGAAGAUGUCUUCAGACGACUACAUUGAACAUCUUGGGCUGGUAUUCAACAACACUUCGGUUGCAGUUCUGCAGCCAAAAGGGUUAUCAACUCUCCCCAUUGGCUGGGCUGGUGAAUUCUGUUUUGGCGGCGAUCAGGUUGCGACUGGCUAUCUCAAUAUGCCACGUCUGACUGCCGAGAAGUUCAUCCAGCACCCAAAAUAUAGCAGGCUCUAUCGGUCAGGAGACUUUGGUCGUAUGCUUCCAGAUGGAUCUUUAGUAAUCUUGGGCCGCAUCGAUGAUCAAGUAAAGUUGCGAGGACAGCGCAUUGAAGCUGCAGAAAUCAACGGUAUCGUGUCGCGGGUCUCUUCCGCAACAGCGGCCGUGACACUGGUACUGAAGCAGAUAGACUCCAUGGGUGAAUGGCUGGUGACAUUUUAUGUCCAAGACAAGGACGCGGAAGAUUUUCGCAUCCUGGAACCGAAUGCCUCUGCGCAUCAUCAGAUCUUUGCAGAGCUGCAUGCAAAGCUGCUGUCAUACAUGGUACCGUCGUACCUUAUCCCCGUUUCGCGCAUUCCUCUUACCUCCAGCGGCAAAGUUGACAAAAGAGCCAUCAAUACCACAUUCACGCAGUUGUCGAAAGACUAUCUCAAAACAGUUGCGCAUAACUCUGUCAAAGAGGAUGACGAAGACUGGAACGAUACAGAACAAGCGAUUGCCUCACUUAUAGCAGCCUCGCUCAAAAUUUCUCGCAACGACAUUGGCAGAUGGACGCCGCUCGCAAUUCUGGGACUGGACUCUCUUUCGGCUAUUCAAGUUUCAAGAAGCCUAACGAAUGAAUUCAGAACUACUGUAUCCAUUUCGUGUAUUUUACAGCAUCCUACCAUUGCACAGCUUGCCAGGAAGCUGCAUUCCAGCCAUGAAAGCGGCGACGUUGCUAUUGUAAACGAUUUCUUCAGCCAAGAAUUUCAGCAGUCUGUCACAGCUGUACUUGCAGAAGAAAACAAAGAGGUUGUUGAAAUUCUGCCAUGCUCUCCACUCCAAGAAGCCAUGGUGUCUCGCGGAAAGACGAGUUACUACAACAAGUCGCUCCUACGCCUUCAUAUUGAUCCCUAUAAGAUGAGAGGCUACUGGCAGCACAUGUGCGAGCGCCACAGUAUCCUGCGCACAUGUUUUAUGGCUACCAAUAGCUCGAGCUAUCCCAUUGCACAAGUGUCACUGGCGAAAUGGGAGUUGCCGUGGCAUGAAUUUACCGUGACGCAGCCGUCCCUCGAAGACGCUAUCCGCGAUCAUCUUGCACUGGUGCCGGAACCUCUGGAGACAAAUACCCCUCCUCUAUCUUUAGCUCUGAUUCGAUAUGGGGAAAUUCGGUUUCUCUCCUUCAUCUGCCACCACGCACUGUAUGAUGGCGUUGCAAUGGAGUGCCUCUGGCGCGAGGUCGAAUCUCUUGCCCGCGGUGAGCAGCUGAGACCUUCUGUGGCUCAAGGCCCAUUCAUCAGCGAGAUUAUGAAGCUGCCAAGCACUAGCCAAACAUUCUGGAAACAACAAUUCUCCAAUUUCCAGCCCUCUGUUCUAUUUCGGAAGCCCAACGGAAAGGCGGUCCAGCAAGCCACACACAGUCUGACUGUUGAGAGGUCUCUCCACAAGACACAGCACCAGAUAAAGUCUCUCGGCAUUUCUCUUCUUGCUCUGUGUCAGGCUACUAUGGCGAGAUUGCUGGCAGUAGUGAGUCAAAAGAGUGAUGUUUGCUUUGGCAAUGUCAUGAAUGGUCGAACAAUUGGGCUCGAAGGCAUCGAACGUCUGGUAGCGCCUUGCUUCAACACAGUGCCUAUUCGUCAAGACAUGCCAGAUACGCUGUCAAAUAUUGAUCUAGCCAAGAGCUUGCUGGCUCUGAACACGAGCAUGCUGGAACAUCAGUUUACGCCUCUGCGCCAAGUUCAAAAGAUUGCAGCGACAGAGAGGAGGAGCCUUUUCGAUAGUCUUCUUCUCGUGCAGCAGCCUCUUCAAGAGAUGGAUGUCAAUGUUUGGACGCUAGAAGAAGACGCGGGAGUCAUGGACCUGCCACUUGUCUGCGAAAUCACUCCUUGCCCGAACCUCAACACGCUAGUGCUCGACGUACAUUACGACAUGUCUGCGGUGCCGCAUGUCGCGGCCGCAGGAAUCGCGAGUCUGUUCGAGCACAUACUCCUGCAGAUUCUCGAAUCGCCACAUGCUGUACUGGCUAGACGCAGCAUUCCUGAGCCGUUGCUUGAACAAGUGCACCUAAGACAACCUUUUUUCUUUGACGACAGUGAAGAUCAGUAUGAGACGGAGGAUAGCGACUCUUCCUGGACCGACGAAGAGCUUGCUGUCCGAGCCGUUCUAUCUGAGCUCUCUCAAACGCCUACGCAGCGUAUCGACCGUACCACCAGUCUGUUCAAGCUCGGCCUUGACAGUAUCAAUGCUGUUCAGGUAGCAGCUAUCUUGCGCCAGAAGGACUACUCUAUCUCGGCAUCAGACAUUGUUGAAUGCCAGAAUUGCUCGAAAAUUGCCAGGAGAAUCUUUGAAAACGGCUAUCAACCUAAGAAAGAGAUAGAGCUGCAUGACUUUGCCGCCUUUGAUGUCCAAGUGCGUCCAGAGCUGGAUAUAGCCGGAAACGGAUACCGUUUGCUGCCCUGUACGCCCAUGCAGUCUGCUAUGCUGUCCGCCUAUGUUUCGUCCAAUGGAGUGCAUUAUCUCAAUGAAAUCAGUCUUGAGAUGGACAAGGAAAUUACUGCUCCGUUGGUGGCGGAAAAAUGGGCGCAGUUGGUCGCUGUCCAUGCGAUGCUCAGGACUGGAUUUGCAUCAGUUCGGCACGCCGACUCUGCCUACGCCAUGAUUCAAUACGAGAGCGUGCAGAGCGAACGAUUUAUACAUGUUGACAAUGGCGGUUUCAAACCCCGUGACUGGAAAGCAAGUGAAGCGAACAGCAUACAGAAAAGCUGGAAUUUGCCACCAUGGAGGUUGGGCGUCACGACUAAAAAUGGUGCAGUCAAUGUUUAUCUUAUCAUCCACCACGCGCUCUAUGAUGCAACUUCACUUCAAGAACUCUUGUCCAAUUUUGGGAGACUAUUGAAUAGCAACAAGACCCUACCCGUGGAAGAUGUCGAUACCGGCCUUUCUGCGGUGCUGCACCGCACCGCAGGUGAGCAGGAAGAAGCUUCCGCGUUUUGGCGUCAACUAGGAGAGCAAGCAACAAUCAACCGCUUCCCACUUCUUACGCCGCUCAGAGAAGCAAACAGAGAGAUUCUGAUUGAAGAAAUGACCUCUACAUUAACGAGCCCAGAUCUACACCAAAUGACAAAGAGCCUGGAGAUUUCUGUGCAAACAGCGAUCCUGGCCUCAUGGUCAAGACUUCUUGCGGCUUAUACCGGAGAGGAAGCCGUCAUCUUUGGCGUCACAUUUUCCGGCAGAUCUUGCGAGGCAACACUUGGUACACCAGUCCCCUGUCUGACAACUGUGCCAGUAGUUGCUCAAAACCUCGGGUCGAACAGGGACCUCUUAAGUCAGAUGAUGCGCACAGCUUCUGACAUUUAUCAACACCAAUAUCUUCCCCUCAAUCGCAUCCAGAAGGAAAUGGGCUACCCAGCUACUGCUCUCUUUGACACUCUUGUCGCAUACCAGAAGAUUGAAAGCGAGGCUAAUGAUCGGCCUUGGGUUCAAAAGCAAGACGACGCAGCUGCCGAGUUUCCUGUGUCGCUCGAGGUUGAACCCAGGGAUGACGAUAGCAUAUGCUUGCGAAUUACUUAUUUCAGCGACAUUCUGCCCUCUGACCAAGCAAAAUUGCUGUUACGACAAUUUGACGCCACCAUGGAAGAUCUUCUCGUGAAUCCCGAUGGCCACCAGCAUGAUCUACACAAUUAUCAUCCAGACAUCUUUGCCAUUUCUCCACCGCUCGAACCUACCAUGAAUGCGCCCGUUGAACUUUUGCACCAAUUUGUGGAAGUUCAGGCAAAGCUCAAUCCUGACAAGAUUGCUCUAGAGCACGUCAGUGGAUUCCGGGGCAAAGAGCCGAUUCGCGAUCAGUGGACAUUUGCUCAGUUGAAUUCCAUUGGCAACAAGGUCGCAAACAUGCUGUCGAGUCGCACUGAGGCGGGUAGCAUCAUUGCGAUUCACUUUGACAAAUGCCCCGAAGCGUACUUUGCAAUCCUGGGUAUCCUGAAGUCUGGCUCUGCUUUUGUUGCUCUAGACUUUAGCGCACCCAGUGCACGAAAACAAUUUAUUUUGCAGGAUUCACGAGCGCCCUGUCUCCUCACUAGCGAAGACAACGUCAUCGAGUUUGAAGUGCCUUGCCCAGUCAUUGUAAUCGACAAUGCCCUUCUUUCAGAUUAUGCUGAGACACCAUGUGAGGUUAACAACACCCUCACGCCGAGCAGCACCUGCUAUUGUUUAUAUACUUCAGGAACCACUGGCACUCCGAAAGGUUGCGAAAUCACGCACGAGAACACAGUUCAGUGCAUGAUGGCUUUCCAAGACCUCUUUCAUGGCCACUGGGCUGAUGACUCUCGUUGGCUCCAAUUUGCGGCACUGCACUUUGACGUCUCAGUCCUUGAGCAGUACUGGAGCUGGUCUGCUGGAAUCACAGUUGUUUCAGCCAAGAAAGAUUUGAUCCUCGACGACCUGAUUGGUUUCAUCAACAACGCCAACAUUACACACAUUGACCUGACGCCGAGCUUGGCCAGACUCACUCAUCCCGAGACGGUUCCCGGUCUUUGUCGCGGCGUCUUUAUCACUGGUGGAGAACAGUUAAAGCAAGAGAUUCUGGACGCUUGGGGGUCCAAGGCCGUCAUAUACAACGCCUAUGGCCCAACCGAAGCUACGAUUGGUGUCACCACCUACCAGCGUGUACCGCAAAACGGCCGCCCUAGCAAUAUCGGCAGACAAUUCCGCAACGUGGGAUCAUACGUAUUUCACAAGGACACGGAGAUUCCAGUGCUCCGAGGCGGCGUUGGAGAGCUCUGCAUCAGCGGCAAGCUAGUUGGCAAAGGCUACCUGAACCGACCACAGCUGACGGACGAAAAGUUCCCGACACUCGAGUCUUUUGGCGAAAGAAUCUAUCGAACCGGCGACUUGGUUCGCAUUCUCCAUGAUGGAUGCUUUGAAUUUCUGGGCAGAGCUGAUGAUCAAGUAAAGCUACGUGGUCAGAGACUGGAACUGGGCGAGAUUGACCACGUCAUUCGGUCUGUCAAGAAUAUUCAUGACGUGACCACACUGGUCACAAAGCAUACCUCAAGCGGAAAGGAUGUCCUCGUUUCUUUUAUUGUUGAAGAGAAAAUUCCUGACACACCUCUGGUUGUCCUUGCAGACAACAGCAGCAUCAGCACGGACGCGAGAAAUAUGUGCAGGGACAAACUCCCGAGUUACAUGGUUCCGUCCUACUUCUUGAAGCUGCCAUAUAUUCCUUUGUCGCCCAACAACAAAGCAGAAGCCAAGUUGCUCAAGAAACUCUUCUCCGAGCUCUCGCAAGAAGAUUUGAUCAAAUUCGGCUCCGCUGCUGUCAAGCGCGACCUAUCCAAGGAUAGCGCAGGCUACCAGAAGCUCAUCUCCUCGCUGGCACAAUUUUGCAACCUGGAUACCGCUACCAUUGAAGAUUCUGCAAGCGUUUUUGACUUUGGCGUCGACUCGAUAACAGCGCUGUCGCUGUCCGCUUUUCUGGUUGAAAAAGGAAUGUUCGCCGCCUCUCCUGCAUUGAUCCUUCGCAACCCCAUCGUGGCUGAUCUUGCUGUCGCACUGUCCACCGCCUCUUCCCACGAUACAUCGGCAGAGGUCAAGCGAACUAGACAGAGAGUCCAGGCCUUUGAACACAAGUACAAAGCCCGUGUUUGCAGAGAUCUCGGUGCGCCGCCAUCGGAUAUUGAGUACAUUUAUCCGUGCUCGCCCCUGCAACAGGGGAUGCUCGCCAAAACGGCGGUUGAAGAUGGGGAAGGAGCAUACUUUAACGUCUUUAAGUUUCAUUUAAAGCCCGGCGCUGUCGUCUCGUCUGUACGAGCUGCACUCAACAAGCUCUUUGAGCAGGAACCGAUUCUUCGGACAACCUUUUUGCAUACUCCCGAUGGAUAUGUCCAAGUCGCCCGCCGGGGCAUCAGCCUGCCGUGGAACGAAUGCUCUCUCGCUGAAGAUGGGAGAAUUGAAGAAGUUGUUGAGUCUCUGUGGCACGCCUGGGUAAAGGAAAACAGUGACCGCGUGCACACGCCAAUAAAAGCUACCUUCGUCACCGACACCGACGUCAACAUGAUUGUGUUGCACAUUUUCCAUGGAUUAUACGAUGGCACAAGCUUCGAUUUAAUGAUGACCCGGCUUACAAAUCUUUGCAACAAUGUCGAAGCCAAAGCAGGCCCAUCGUUUGCAGAUGCCCUCAUCCACGGCCCACUGAGAAACCACGACGAGUCGAAACAAGCAUGGAUAGAGCAUCUAAAAGGCUGGUCUUUGUCUUUGCUAGCGCUCCCCAAAGAGGAAAAAAGCGUUAGACCGAUAUCUCAUACACGAGUUCUAAGUGCAUCGAAGCUCGAAGCACUUCGGUCGAUCAAGAACGUCACCAUGCAGUCUUUGCUUCUUGCUGCCUGGGUGUCGACUCUUCAGAAGCACAGCCAUGGCAAUGCCACGACGGGAGUCAUCAUUUCGGGUCGAUCCAUUGCAAUGCCAGGUGUAGAAGAGACGAUCGGACCACUCUUCAAUACGCUUCCAUUCUUUGCUAAUUUUUCGUCUGCACCGACGUGGCACUCCCUUCUUCAAAGAUGUCAAGACUUUAAUGCUACGGUCCUCGAGGACCCUCAUGUGCCUUUGCAGCAACUACAAAAGUGGAUAUCAAACGGCAAACCGCUAUUUGAAAGCCUCUUUGCCUAUCAAAUCGAGGAUCGGAGGAAUCAACGGGAUGAUCUGCCAUGGAUAGUUGAGGAUGGCGGUCUGAAUCCCGACUAUUCCUUGGCGUUGGAAGUCACAAAGCGCGGUGAUGACACCAUGCAGCUCCUUUUGGUUGCAAAGAAUGACUUGGCAAGUGAAACAGUGCUGAAAAACAUCCUGGAUGUGUUUGAAGACAUGCUCGCGAGCGUUGAAACUGACGCAGCCAUUCCUGUUCAAGUGGAAACGGCUUUAGUUGAUGCAUUGAAAUCGGAGCAGGUAAAGACUAUAAAGGAGAACGUGGAAGAAGUAUGGGGCCCGGCUGCCGACGUUUUGCGACGAGAGGUUGCAGCUCUAGCCAACAUAUCAGAGGCUGAGAUUGCGCCCUCGACUACCUGGCUUGAGCUUGGCCUGGACAGUAUUGACGCGGUCCAGUUCUCUGCUCGGCUAAAAAGACACCAUAUGAUUAUUAGUCCCUCGGCAAUCAUGAAAGGGUGGUCGAUGGCAUAUCUGUCAAGUUUAGUCAUGCGAUUGACAAACGGCGAUGCAUCGUGCGAAUUGGACAAUCUGCGAGAGAUCAAAUCCAAGCUCCGCCGCUAUGUCGAGGCGACUGGGUUUGACAUGACAGAGGCUGACGACAUUCUCCCUACAACGCCACUUCAAGAUGCCAUGGUGUCUGGCAUGAUUGAAUCUGAUUUUACGUGGUACUUUAAUCAUGAAGUGCUGAAAGUCGCUCCCGGCGUUGAUGUUGACAAGCUUCAAGCGGCCUGGUCCAGGCUCUUUGACAUGACUCCGAUCCUGCGAACCGGCUUUGUGGAACUCGUCGAUCCGCAGGCGUCGGCAGUCUAUGCGCAGGUCGUAUACAACUCGUCUCCCGUCAUCUCCGACGUGACUGUUACCUCGUUGGAGGAGUUGCAAGCCAUCCAAGAACAAAGCAGAGCACAUGCCAGUCAAGGCGGAGCCAAACGAAAUCUCGCGCGAGUCGUACGUGCUCAGCUCGGGGAAACGACAUUCUUUGUGCUCUCCAUCUCGCAUGCUCUGUAUGACGGUUGGUCUCUGGGCUUGUUGCACCAGGACCUGAAAUCCCUGUAUUAUGGUGAAUCGGUGGGCAGGCCAUCACCAGAUCAGUUUUUGUUCAAGUCCAACGCUUCAUUAACCCCGGAAGCGCAAGGCUUCUGGACCAAUUAUCUUGAAAAGGCGCGACCGACAAUUAUUCCCCAAGUCGAACCAGAUUCGUCCAGUGUUGUAAAAGCAGAGGGAUUCUCUUCGACUACACUCAGCGAUAUAAGCCGCUUCUGUCGGGAGCAAAAGAUUAGCCUCCAAUCGCUCUGCCAAGCCUGCUGGGCCAUUAUUCUCGCGCGCACAACGCGCUCACUCGACGUCGUCUUUGGCUCAAUCCUAUCGGGACGCGACUUUGAUGGAGCUGAAGAUCUCUUGUUUCCCACGAUGAAUACCGUCGCCGUCCGAUGCAUCUUGCAUGGAUCCAUCAGCUCGUUCCUGCACUACAUGGAGGACAAUCUUGGCGAGCUGCGGUCGUAUCAAAUGGUUCCGCUGCGCAAGGCUACGACGGCUGCCAAGGCGGCUGGAAAGGACUUGUUCAAUUCUUUGUUUCUGCUGCAAAAGACGCCUGCAGAAAGCAGCUCGGGGUCGCUUUUUCAAUCUGUAGAAGGAUCGUCGGGCGUGGACUAUCCCGUGUGCGUGGAAGCGGCGGCCAGUGGAGAGGUUUUGGAGUGGACGGUUGCGUGCCAAGGCCAGUCCCGCGAUGGAAGAUAUGCAAAGGAGUUGCUUGCGGAGCUGCAUACUACUCUUGACUACGUUUUGAGGCAUGCAGAGGAAGAUGUGGUCAGCUUUUCUCGCGCAGGCACCCGGAUCUGUGGAUCUCAGCCCAUUGCCUUGGCUGAAGAUGACGAUGAGAUUCCACAGAUUGACAAGUACACAUCCUACGAGUGGAACGCUACGUCUCUAGCAAUCAGGAAGGUCUUGAGUCAAGUCUCCAACAUCCCCGCGGAUGCCAUUGAUGCUUCCAGCACGCUGUAUCACCUGGGUCUCGACUCCAUCACCGCCAUCAAAGUCUCGACUCUUCUCAAGCAGAGGGGCAUCUUCCUCCGGCCGACGCAGCUGGUACGGUCCAGCAGCAUCGCGCACAUGGCCGAGCAAGUAGCCGCGUUGGGCAGCUUCGAGCCGCCUCAAACAAAUCUGAGCUGGCAGGCGUGGACGCCGCCAAAGAAUGCCGACGCGGACGGUAUCUUGAGCGAAGCGGGCAUAUUGAAAGGGCAGGUCGAGCACGUAUUGCCCGCGCUGCCGAUGCAGGUGUACAUGAUGAGCAUCUGGCAAAACACAAAUGGCAACAUCUUUUACCCGGAGUUUACCUAUAAGCUUUCGGGGCCACACACCGCCACGGAUGUUCGAAAUGCUUGGGCGCGAGUGGUGGAGCAGCUACCGAUGCUGCGCACAUGUCUUUUUGCUACCGGACAGCAGGAUUUGCCUUUUAUUCAGGUCAUACUCAAGCCUGGCAUGUCGCAUGCCGGUGUGCAACCUUUUGUUCGUAUCGAGAUUGACCAGACACCUGGAUCGCCGGAAACCCUACUACGGCUGCGCAUCCACCACGCACUCUACGACGGAGUCAGUCUGCCCGCCAUCACGGAUACCCUGCUCCAUCACCUCAAGGGCGACGCAUCUAGAGAUGCGGCGCCGAUUCAUCAGUGGGCACACACGGUCACUGCUCGACACGACGAAGCGCACAUGGCAUCUCGCAAAGCUUUCUGGACCCAAUACCUCGAUGGGUGUAGCGACGCCUCGAGGCCGGACAACGACAUGACUGGCUCUCGCACGUCGCUCUUUCAAGAAGGCGCCUUUUCCUGCGCAUCCGCGCUGACCGACCUCGCCGCCCGCAAUGGCAUCAGCCUGCAGUCCCUCGUCCUCGCCGCCUACGCGCUCUCCCUUCCUCACACUGGCCAAGACGUUGUGCUCGGCGUGUACCUGGCCGGCCGCGCCGACGACCGCGUGCCGGACACGCUGCCCACGCUCAACCUGGUCCCGCUGCGCAUCAAAGCACGUCAUCGAGACGACCACGUUUUGGAAAUGGCGCGGCGCGUGCACGAGGACAUGCAGAAAAUCACGGCCGACGACGCGGCCGGCAACGCGCAAGUCGGGCUGUGGGAGGUGGCGAGGUGGACGGGCGUCAAGAUCGACCGGUUUGUCAACUUUUUGACGCUCCCGGCGGCGGCGGCGGCGGGCAAAGACGAAUCCAAUGUUUCGCUGCACCUCGCGCCAACAAGCAACCCCGUCAAAGAGGACGAAGCAGCCAUGACUACAUGUAUUCACGAUGCUGCCAAAAAUGCAGUUCGCGAUUAUUACCCGGACUCUGUGGAUGUCGAAUUCGCCGUCCGCAACGGCCAUCUCGACAUGGGCGUAUUUGGCCCGCAGACACGCAUCACCGAUGAGGGAGCGCAUGAGCUGGUGCGCAGUGUGGUGCAGAGGCUGAAGAAGACGGUUGAGGCGUGCGUGCAUUGA